UCGGUAACUGGAGCUUUAAUGUGAGUUAAAACAUAUGUUACGUUUUUUAUUCAUUCAUAAAUAAGAAUUUUAAAAUAGAAUAAAUAUUUCUAAAAUUUUUCUCAUUUAAUAAGAUGCAUAUAUUAAGAUUAUCAAAAUCUAUUGCAAUCAUUAAGAAUAGUUUUGUUGGACACAAACUCUGUAAUCACUUUCAUAAUAACAAAGCUGUUAUUAAAAAACGUGAUUUUUUUAUAAAAAAAGAUAAUGUAUCAUCGGAGUAUGAGCUUAUAUACCGGGCGCCAAUGGAAACGUAUAUUUCAAUUGCUAAGAAUAUAUCUACAGUAACAGCAACAAUUAUUUCGUCUGCAGCAAUAUACUCAGUAACAAAUGAGUAUAAAAUUACAACACCUAGUUUCGAAUCUAUGGGUUUAGUAUCGCAUCCGAAUGAUCUUUGGUAUUUUUCGUUUGGCUUUAUAGCUGUGACAAUGGUAAUACGACUUUUUAUUGCAAAAUAUCCUUUACGCAUUUAUGGCGGGAUCGACAAAUAUAUUGCUGUUUAUGAACCGCAAUUACCAUUUCAAUCAUCUAAAUAUGUGUUUAAUAAGGGGGACGUGGAAGAAGUAUUUAGUAGAUUUAACCCAUGGAACAAUUGUACAUACCGUUUGGGAAACAAAACAUCGCUUUUAUUAAAUCGAUAUUUUAGAACACCAGCAGAUUACAAUCAAAUGCUGGGAUAUUAUUGAAACGUAAAUUGUCUUUAAAAUUGCUUUAAAUGAAAUAAUUUAUAAGUGUUAAGAUAUGAAAGUACACCAAAUAUUACACGGUUAUUUUUAUAAUAAUAAAUUAUUUUUAUUUUUUUCCUUUUAA